AUCGGUAGCUAUCCAUGGUCCUGAAACAACGCACCGUCUGCGCGCCACAGCACAGAGCAACUCCCGUGAGGAGAUGGGUUCCCUGGACAGUCGCACUGAUUGAAAUGAAUUAUUUAACAGAAGACAUAGGCCUAAUUUUUUGAGGAUUCUUCUGGAAAAACACAGCCAAAAUGCUCCCCAACAGCUCUUUCAGGAAUCUAACCCUGGAGGACGGUUUUUUCCUAAUGAACAACUCGUCUGGGAACGAAACGUACAGCGAGUCUCAAGGCAGCGCAAUCCUCAUCUCCUUCAUUUACUCGGUUGUCUGUUUGGUCGGACUGUGCGGGAACUCUAUGGUUAUCUAUGUCAUUUUCAGAUAUGCCAAAAUGAAAACUGCAACAAAUAUCUACAUUCUGAAUCUGGCCAUAGCGGACGAGUUACUUAUGCUGAGUGUCCCUUUCUUGGUGACAUCUUCACUCCUUCACCACUGGCCUUUCGGCUCCCUUCUCUGCCGCCUUGUUCUAAGUGUUGAUGCUAUUAAUAUGUUUACCAGUAUUUACUGCUUAACUGUACUUAGCAUAGACCGAUAUAUCGCGGUUGUGCACCCCAUCAAAGCCUCCCGGUACAGGAGACCCACAAUAGCUAAAAUAGUCAACUUUGGGGUUUGGAUGUUUUCUAUCCUGGUCAUUUUGCCCAUUAUUAUAUUUUCCACCACCGUUCCAAAUUUGGACGGUUCGGUCGCUUGCAACAUUCAGAUGCCAAAGCCAGUUAACCAGUGGAUGGCUGUGUUUGUGAUCUAUGCCUUUCUCAUGGGCUUUCUGUUCCCAGUCAUUGCUAUCUGUAUGUGUUACAUCCUCAUCAUCGCCAAGAUGAGAGUGGUGGCACUGAAGGCAGGUUGGCAGCAGCGUAAGAAGUCGGAGAGAAAGAUCACUCUGAUGGUGAUGAUGGUGGUGACCGUGUUUGUCAUCUGUUGGAUGCCCUUUCACAUUGUGCAGCUCGUCAAUGUUUUUGUGGAGCACCAUAACGCAACACUCAUGCAACUCGCAGUUAUUCUGGGAUACGCAAAUAGCUGCGCCAACCCUAUACUGUACGGAUUUUUAUCAGACAAUUUCAAACGUUCGUUCCAAAGAAUUUUGUGCCUGCGCUGGAUGGACAAUGCAACGGAAGAACCAAUAGAUUACUAUGCCACGGCUCUGAAAAGUCGUGGUUACAGUGUGGAUGAAUUUCAACCGGACAAUAUGGAAUGUGAUGGCACGUAUAGAAAUGGAACCUGUACUUCUAGGACAACGACACUGUAGCAGCAUAUGGACAUGAUGAAAUUAACAAAAAUCAUAAACGUGACCACUGAGUGUUUCGCUCAUUACUAGGCGGUUACUUCGAUAUGUAUUAAUGUUGUUUACUUGCAACUAUUUGAACGCAAUUAAAAUGUUAAAUAAU